AUGGAGAAACUAAAGACCUUGCUAAUCGCAAAUCGCGGUGAGAUCGCCGUUCGCAUCAUCAAAACAGCCAAAGAGCUAGGUAUCCGUACGAUCGCAAUAUACACUGCCGCCGACGCAACCUCAAAUCACAUUCGAGCGGCAGAUGAGGCUGUCCUCCUACCGGGUGACGGUUCUACCGCAUACAUCAACGGAAAUUCAAUAAUCGAAAUCGCCCGUUCCCAUAAAGUCGAUGCCAUUAUUCCGGGCUAUGGAUUCCUGUCGGAGAAUGUGGAAUUUGCUCAAGCUAUCGCCAAUGCCGGGAUGAUUUUUGUAGGCCCUCGGUCCGAAGCAAUUGAAGCUUUCGGGCUGAAACAUCGCGCUCGUGAGAUCGCUGUGGCAGCCGGUGUCCCAAUUGUUCCCGGGACACAGGGACUACUUGUUACAGAAGACGAGGCAGUGGAAGCGGCAAAUGAAUUGGGAUACCCCGUACUUCUCCCCGUUAUGCUAAAAGCCACCGGUGGCGGUGGUGGUAUGGGCUUAAUGAUAUGCAAAUCAGUGGAAGAGGUGAGAGAGUCUCUGACGCAAGUCCGCUCCCGAGGAGAAACUUUGUUCAAGAAUGCCGGCGUCUUUAUGGAACGUUAUUAUCCUGAGAGUCAUCAUAUCGAAGUCCAAGUUUUUGGUAAUGGCCUGGGAGAUGCAAUUCAUAUUGGAGAGCGAGAGUGCUCAAUUCAACGCCGUCAUCAAAAGGUUGUUGAAGAGUGCCCCAGCCCGUUCGUGGAAAAACACCCAGGUCUCCGUGAAAAGCUCACCUCUGCGGCGGUCGCUUUGACGAAAUCCAUCCGAUAUGGAUCUGCAGGCACCGUCGAAUACUUAGUUGAUGACGUAUCGGGGGAUUUCUUCUUUUUGGAGAUGAACACCCGUCUUCAAGUCGAGCACGGUAUCACCGAGCUCUGUUACAACCUUGAUAUUGUAAAGCUCAUGCUUCAACAAGCUGACCGGGAAUUAUGCAAUCUUGGGGGCCUGGAUAAGGGAUAUCUGGAGUCUUUGCAACCAGACAAGCCUGAAGGGUGUGCGAUUGAAGCUCGUGUUUAUGCAGAGAACCCUGCUCGAAACUACUCCCCAUCCCCUGGAUUGCUUCAACAUGUUGAAUGGAAGGAGACGGCCGGCACUCGAAUUGACACGUGGGUCGCUACUGCAACUCGAAUUUCCACAUAUUACGACCCUAUGAUAGCAAAGGUCAUGGUGCAUGAUUCCAACCGGACAACGGCUAUUACAAAAUUGGGUGAUGUUUUAUCGCACUCGAAAAUCUGCGGGCCACCGACAAAUUUGGAAUUCUUGAAUGCCAUCAUUCAAUCGAAUAAGUUUUGCACGGGGCAUACGUUGACUAACUUCCUGGCUGAUUUCGAGUUCACCCCCGUUGCGAUUGAUGUCAUAUCACCAGGUUUGUAUACAACAAUUCAAGACUAUCCAGGACGUCCCACUGCCGGGCGAGGUAUUCCACAAGCAGGACCAAUGGACCCUUUGGCAUUUCAAGUGGCCAAUAUUUUGGUUGGGAAUCCUUCCGGCACCGAAGGCCUAGAGAUCACAUUGAAAGGACCGGAACUACGUUUCCUAGCUCCAGCAUGCAUCUCUGUAUGCGGUGCUCCGAUGGAGAUGACACUUGACGGGGUUAAAGUACCAAUGUGGACACGACUCUAUAUCAAACGUGGUCAAAUGCUAUCAAUUGGAAAGCUGAAUGGACCCGGAGGAUGCCGAGCAUAUCUCGCUGUUCUUGGGGGAUUUCCGUCAAUUGCACCAUACUUUGGGUCAAAAUCAACAUCGCCUCUACUUGGGAUUGGUGGAUAUCAAGGAAGAUCGCUCGCUCCAGGAGAUAUGUUGGCCAUUGCAAAGCUUAAUGCAGUCGAAGCAGAGCCCGAGAUCUCGCUUCCCGCCCAUUUGCGUCCCAUAUACUCCAAUCACUGGGAAAUUGAUGCUAUGGUUGGACCGUACGACGAGGGCUAUAUUGUACCCGAAGAUAUUGACAUGAUCUAUAACACGGUCUGGGACGUCUCGCAUAAUGCCACAAGAGGUGGAAUCCGUCUUGUGGGACCUACUCCUAGAUGGGCAAGGGAAGAUGGGGGCGAGGGUGGGCAACACCCUAGCAACGUUAUUGAAUAUGGUCCUUGCAUCUUCCCCGUUGACGCCCCUGAUCUUGGCGGCUUCAUUUCCUCUACGACGAUUGUGAAAGCUAGUCUAUGGCGUAUGGGCCAACUGAAAUCUGGCGAUACUAUUCAAUACCGCAGAGUAUCAUUAGAAGAUGCUCUUCGUGCUCGUGCCGAAUUGGAACAGUUUAUGGAAAGUGUUUCCGCGAUUGUAGCCGGCCAGUGCAAUAUGGAUUCCAUCAAGCCAAUCUUUGCUUCCACGUUGCCAGAGUCAACUGUUUCUGGCAACUGGGGAAAGGCAUUGAUUUACGAAACUGAACUGGUUGAAGGUCGAAUUUCCAUGACAUUUAGACAGGGCGGGGAUGAGUUCUUGUUGGUCGAGUUCGGUGAUGGAAAAUUCAAUCUUAAUCAUCGCUGCCGUGUGACAGCAUUGGACCAGGCUUUCAAGCAGUCUCAAGAGUCUGAUGAAGUUUUGAGACGGGCAAUCUACAAGACCACCGGAUGCUGCAAUUCACUCCUGAUCCACUACGAUGGUCUGAAGCUUCCCCGAGACAACCUUGUCAACCUUUUGGUAUCGUUGCAAAAAGCUGUUGGAGACCUCAGCAGCUCAAAGGUCCCAAGCCGAAAAUUCCGUCUUCCCAUCUGCUUCGAAAGCCCGGCUCAACAAGAAGCCAUCCAGCGAUACAUGGAGACACAAAGACCGCAUGCUCCAUUCUUGCCCAAUAACAUGGACUUCGUGGCUAAUAUAAAUGGGGUUACAUAUAAUGAACUGAUUGAUAUUUUCCUUUCAGUCGAAUUCAUGGCGAUUUGUGUCGGAUUCUUCUGUGGCGAUACUAUUUGCCUGCCAGUUGAUCCACGCUAUCGAUUGAUAUGCCCCAAGCAGAACCCUAGUCGAGUGUAUACCCCAGAAGGAAGUGUUAGCUGGGGUGGAUCAUGCAUGAACAUAUAUCCCGUUGAUUCCCCCGGAGGAUAUCAAAUGACGGGCCAAACCAUUCCGUGCUUUGACCAAUUGGGAGUCAAACCCGACUUCACGCCAACUCAGCCAGGUCUGUUCCGUGACUUUGACCAGAUUACCUUCUAUCGAGUAGACAAGGAAGAGCUUGAGCGUGAUAUGGCGCUUUUCCGGUCUGGCUGUUACAAAUUCCAGUACGAAGAUGUCACUUUCGAUAUGAGCGCCCACAACCGUCUUCUUGAGCAAACUAAAGACGAAGUCGCGGGAUUCAAGUCUCGCCAAGCUACGGCACAGGUAAGAAUGUUAGCCUUGGAAAAGGAAUCUAUGGACAAAUGGAUCGCCGAGAAAGCGCAAAACAAUGUUCCAGUUGAUGAAAUUGCGCUCUUAAGAGAAGACCCCGACAUUCUAACAUUGUAUGCUCCUCUCGAUGCAAACGUGUGGAAGGUCAACUUUGCAGAUGGAAGUGUUAUCCGCUCUGCUCAGGUUGUUGUCAUACUUGAGGCAAUGAAGAUGGAAGUCUCCGUCUCCUACGAUGGGGACAAGAGAGAUGGCAUUGAUGGGUCUUUCACGAUUGAGAAGGUACUCGUCCAACCAGGCGACACCGUUCGGGCCGGAGAUGCGUUGGUAUUUUUGAGAAAGGAUUCGCUGGUGGUCACCCACCCAACUACUAACUCACCGGCGUGUGGCUUAAGUACGGCUGAGCGGACGGGAAGCCCUGUUUUCCACACCCUAUGGUCGUAUGUAUUAGAUUCUUUGUGA